GUUAUCCCUAGCUAAGAAUAAGUUUUAAGGAAGACUGGUGCAAAUGGCCGUUAGCAAUGUUACCAGGUAAAACUUCAUCUUAGCUAAGUAUCACUUAGGGCUAAAUCUACAAUUGCGGUAUAUACCAGGAACAAGUUCUUCUUGGUAUAUCUUUGUAAAAUUGGGUUCUACAAUAGUCGAAUAACGUUCUACUCGGUGUAAAUGGCGGUAUAACUUAUACCACUGAAAUGAACCGGAUAUACUGCAGAUAAAGUUGUUUCUUCGUUCUAUUGGUCAAUGAGUGACAGCGUCUUAUUUCUUGGUCUGGUUUCAUAACCUACAGUUUCUCCAUAUGUAAACAACUUUGUCACGCGAUUUUAAGAAAUUUUGAUUUACUACGAUGGCGGGAAGAAAUAUGUCUGUAUUUGAUUCUGAUGAAGAAGACGAUAUGUUUGAUAACAUGUUGACAGUAACACCUCGGAGACCUAAAGUUUUAAAAAAUCGACCCAAUUACUUUAUAGAAUACACCGAUCUGGAGUUUUUUACUCGGUUUCGAAUGCAAAAGCAAACCUGUGAGACCCUGUUGCAUGUGAUUGUGAAUGAUCUCAAAUCUCAGACAGAACGGAGUCGAGCUAUUUCACCAGCAACUAAAUUAUUGCUCAUUUUAAGAUUUUAUGCCACUGGAAAUAUGUUCAUAUCAGUUGGAGAUUUUGAAGGAGUAAGCAAAACAUCUGCCUGUUCAAUUGUGAGACAAGUUUCAGAGGCUAUUGCUCGGUUGCGUCCGAGGAAUAGAAGAUUUCCCGAAAAUAUUGCCACCAGACAAAAAGCGAAAGAAAUUUUUUAUAGAGUUGCCAGAUUUUCACUGGUCAUUGGUGCGAUUGACUGCACGCAUGUGAAAAUCCAGUCUCCUGGAGGAGAAGACGCUGAGCGGUUCCGUAAUAGGAAAGGAUACUUUUCAUGGAAUGUUCAGACAAUUUGCGAUGCGCAAUUGAAAAUAAUUGACAUAGUGGCAAGGUGGCCGGGUUCAUGCCAUGACCAAACUAUUUUCAAUAACAGCAGAAUCAAGAGCAGAUUUUUCAAUGGUGAAUUCCCAAAUUGUGUUAUUUUGGGUGACAGUGGCUAUGGAAACACUAACUAUUUACUUACGCCACUGUCAGAUCCUUUCACAGCUGCUGAAAAACUUUAUAAUAAAUCAUACAUAAGAACCAGAAACUGCGUUGAAAGAUCUUACGGUGUGUGGAAAAGAAGAUUUCCCAUAUUGUCCUUAGGAAUGCGAGUAAACGCCGAGUUAUCAAAGAUAAUUAUUGUUGCUACAGCCAUUCUGCAUAACAUUUGCAUUGAAGAAAAGGAUGGAGAUCCACCAAUUGAAUUGGAUUUCGAAAAUGUUGGCGCAGAUGAGUUACCGUCAUCGAUAACCGAUUCAAAUAUUUCUAUCAAUAAUAGAAUGAGGUCAAAAAUUAUAAAUAACCAUUUUGCCCAUUUACUGUAGGAAUAAUUGGAUAAUAAAGCACAACGUAAAUUA